UCGGGGGCGGGUCAGGGGCGGGGCCACGGCCGGGCUUGCCCGGGCAUGUGAGGGCCGCGGCUUCCGGGGGAGACACGUGGGAGCUGCGCCGGGUCGCGCCGCGCCGGGCCGGGCCGCGGGAUGCCUCCUGGCAAGGGGCAGAUAACCCCUCUCCUGGCCCCCCCGAAGGUCUCCACGCUAGCCCCGAGGGGUGCUCACGCCCCCGCCGCGGAGGCACCCCUCUGUCCCCGGAUGGCCGCCGAGAGCCCUGGCUCGCCGCAGGGGCGCAGCAAGAAGAGGAGCCGCAAGCACCAGAGGUUCCUGGAGCGCCGGGCGCUGCUGGAGCAGAAGGGGCUGCUGAGACCCCGCAGGCGCCAGGGCAGCCAGCCCCCCGCGGCCGGGCUGGUGGAGGCCGCCUGCAGCCCGCUCACCAAGGUGGGCGGCAGAUGCGGCCAGCCGGCCGGUGAGCCGCAGAGCGGGAAGGUCGGGAAGCCCAAGCAGGUCCCCUCCCUGUCCCCAUCCGCCUCUCCGGACAGCAUAGCCAGGCACCACUCCGUGCUGCUCUCCCAGGACGACAGUGGCAGCUCUGCGGGGCUGUGGACAUCCUUGCCGCUCCCGCGCCCAGGGAAGUACGUGGCCAUCGACUGCGAGAUGGUGGGCACCGGCCCUCGGGGCAGGCUGAGCGAGCUGGCGCGGUGCACCGUGGUGAGCUACGAGGGCGACGUCAUCUACGACAAAUACGUCCAGCCCGAGCUGCCCAUCGUGGACUACCGGACGCGCUGGAGCGGGAUCACGAAGCGGCACAUGAAGAAUGCUAUUCCCUUCAGGGCCGCCCAGGCAGAGAUCCUGAAGAUCUUGAAAGACAAGAUUGUGGUAGGACACGCCAUCCACAAUGACUUCCAAGCCCUGAAGUACUUCCAUCCGAAAGACAGGACGCGGGACACCAGCCGGAUCCCUUUGCUGAACCAGAAGGCAGGAUUCCCUGUGAAAGUCAGUGCCUCUCUCAAGAGCCUGGCAAAGCACCUGCUCCACAAAAAGAUCCAGAUCGGCCGCAAAGGGCACUCAUCGGUGGAGGAUGCGCGGACAACCAUGGAGCUUUACAGACUGGUGGAGGUGCAGUGGGAGAGGGAGCUGGCCAGCAGCCUGCCACCCAGACCCCCCAGCCCUGUCGCAGACAGCAGCACAGACAGUGACCAGUACAUGGAUGACCAGUACUGGCCCACAGACCUGAACACAAACAGUCUGUGAAGGGCGACAGCUUCUCCUCCAUGUGUUUUGAGACCUCCUGGUGCCUUCAGUGAUUAAAAGCGGAGGCGGCUGCUGGUGCCCUCGUGGUCUAUGGGGUUCUUCCAUCCCCCAGGGCUUGUACCCCAAACGCCCUGCCCAGCAGCAGUGUCUCCGUGCCGACGAUGACAUGGUUGCUCCCGUCACCCAGCCCGUGCUGAGGGAAAUGCAGAUGGCAGCGCUGAGAAGUCUGACACCGCCAGCCCUGCCAGCUCAGUGGGAGCGUCUGCUGAUAGAAGGAUGGUUGCACUUGGAAACUUCUGUGGCUUUGGGCCUGCUGAAGCCCUCCCUGGCUUUGUCACGAUUUUUUUGACAUCUGGGAAUCCCCUUAGGAGGAGGUGUGAAGUGUGUCUCAGGCAGGGGUGGUUGGGGGACCUCCCUGCUCCCGAGCUCUAUGUGGUCACCAGUAGGUUUCCAAGAGAAGUGCUCGGGGGGGUUGUGCCCUUCCUUGCCCUUGGAUCCUGUGAUGUUUUACCCCCCCUCCCCCCAGCCCAGAUCAGGCAGGACAGAGCACCCCUGGCCACUGGGGCAUGGUGGGCCACUGUGCACCCCUUCUCUCCCAUGCCAGCCCGUCCCUCGGGCUGUGGCACGCUGCAGACUUGGUGGUGGUGAGUCUUGACCAUCCCGUGGGAGGGAGGGUGGGCAGAUCCACACUCUGUAGUGGCAGCAGUCAGCUGUCUGCUGUCAGAGGCUCCAGGGAUCUUGGAGUUGCACACUGUGAUCUCCCAGCUGUGCCACUUCCCCAUGGUUGCUUUCACUCAGGGAGGAGUAUGUUUAGUAUGAGGCACAGUUGCUCUGGCUAGCUCAGGGCAGCAUCUCCUAAAAACAGUCUGCAGCCUCUUGCUGUCAUAUGAGAGUCUUCCCACAGGAAAGUGCUGCAGCUGGGCUGUGUUGAUCUGUCACUUGGCGCUCUGGGAUGAGCAGGGUUGCAGUGCCAGCUGGGAAGACCCCCAUGGGCAUGCAGUGGGUGGGCUAGGACUGUCAGGGGACCUACACAUGAUGGCCUCUCGGGGGGCAGGAAGAGAGGCCCUCCAUGGUGGUGGUCAAGUGACUAGUCUUGCUGCUAAUUUCUUUGCUCUUCCCUGAAUCUGUGAUGAUGAACAGGACCCUGUUGUGACCCUGUGAAAUGGUCAGAAGGAAAAGCAGUGUUUCCUUCUCCUUGAACAUGCAACCACGCAGGCCAGUUGCAGAACUGUGGAAGAAUUCAGGUUGGCAGGGACUUCUGGAGGUCAUCUAGUCCAUAGUGUACAUCACAGCCCUGGUACAGCAGUUUAUUGCUGUCUUGCUGACAUCUGAAAACUGCAGACUGUCCAGGGCCAGUUAAACAACCAGUUUCCUUCCCACCUUCAUUGCACAAUGAAGGCCAAAAAGAAAGUCCAGGUUUAAUCAGUGUCUAAUUUCCCCUGGACAGAAUAGGAUGCACUAGAUUUUAAAUAAACUAUUCCUAUAUUUGUGAAAUUGUGAAUUAAAAAUUAUUGCUGGAAAAAA